GAAUUGCGGAAUAGGCGGAACUAACGUUAUUCGUCAUUCUAGUCGGACCCAUUAGAGCGGUGCACUCAGGACCCAUUAGAGCGGUGCACUCGCUUUCACUGUGCGGCUGAAGCGCGCGAAAAAUAAACACUUUUCAUCUCGGAUCAUCAGAGGCUGUUGUGCAUCCAAGAAAGAGUGAAAGACUGAUUGAAACCUACGUUUCCAGAGACCACCACCACGAUAAUUGAAGAUAUCAGCAAGUGCAAAGAGGAGCCACCAAUGCAACCACACCCUAAAUUGUUUCCAAGGACCUGGAUGGGCGACCGGAGAAGGAGUUUCAAGGCUGACUGGUACAAGAUUCACCCCUGGCUUGAGUACUCCAAAAUGUCAGACUCUGCUCAUUGUUACGCCUGCAGACAUUUUAGCCCUCCGAAUAGCACAGACACUAUUUGAUUCACCUUCAGGUUUCAAAAACUGGAAGAAGGCAACAUACAAAGAGGGGGGAUUUGCAAUCCAUGCCAAAUCUGAGCGGCACACGCACGCAAUGAUUGCAUGGAAAGACUACCAGAGAGCUGUGACAUCCAAUGCAACAUUGGCAAAUGUACUUAACAAAGAACAUAAGAAACUGGUUCAAGAAAAUCGGGAAUAUAUAAAAACCAUAGCCGAAGUGCUGCUACUUACUGCGACACAAAACAUUGCUCAAAAAGGACACAAUGAGUCUGCAGGCUCAGAUAAUAAAGGGAACUUCAUGACCAUUCUAGAGACAAUUGCUAACCAUGACAAAGCUGUUAAAGAAAGGUUGACUUCCAUUCAUAAUGCAAAGUACACAAGCAAAACCAUUCAGAAUGAAGUUCUGGGUUGUCUUGCAGACAUGGUUCGAUCUGAAAUAACAGAGGAAGUGAAAAACAGUGAAGUCUUUAGCAUCAUGGCAGAUGAAACAAAAUAUGUUAAAAAAAAAGAACAGAUUUAUCUUGUAGUCAGGUACUACUUCAAUGGUGCUAUCCAGGAGAGUUUUCUCCAUUUUGAGUCAGCAGAGAGGCUAGAUACAGCAGGGCUUACUGAAAAAAUAAUUCACAUAUUGGAAAGUAACGGUCUGGAAUACAAAAACAACCUUGUAGGCCAAGCAUAUGAUGGUGCUGCUGUCAUGAGCGGUAAGCACUCAGGGGUCCAGGCUAGAAUCAGAGAGCAAGCUAAAUAUUCUUUUUAUGUUCAUUGCAAUGCUCACUGUCUAAAUCUAGUUUUAGUAGAUACAGUCAAAGCUGUCCCAGAAGCAGAGCAGUUCUUCUCCUUACUAGAAAAGCUAUACGUCUUCACAUCUGGGUCGUAUGUCCACCCCAAAUGGCUAGAUAUCCAAAGAGAGAUGUACGAAGGUGCCCCAAGAGAACUCCAGCGAUUGAGUGACACUAGAUGGGCAUGCAGAUUUAUAUCUCUCCGUAACAUAAUGGAUAGAUUACCGGCCCUCAAGCGAGUACUGCAAGACAUAGCCCAAGAACGCAAUGGUGAGAGAUCUAUUGAGGCACGUGGUCUGCUGGCACAGUUGGAUCUAGAAUUCAUUGUGCAUCUUGUAACACUCCGUAAAGUGUUUGCAGAAACAAAAUGUCUCUCUGACAUGUUAUAGUCAGGGGUGCACAUAACUUUUUUGCCCUGGUUCUCAAAGGAGGACCUGGAGAUGUUGCUUGGUGUUCAUCCUUAAAAUGAAAUAAACCGUAACUUUUGAGGGGGUCUUGACUUUAUUUGCCAGACACACGGCACUGAACACACGUGCAGAGGUGAA